CACAACUCCUGUCUAUACAAUCACCACACAACUAUUAACUGCAAGCUACGACCUAAAAGCCCAAAAUAGCGCCACCACUACAUAUCAACAAGCAUUUACAUCUGCAUCAUCCAUCUCUUGCACAAUUAUCCCAUCUUUUAGUCGUAGAAGACCUUGCACCUUGAGCCUAUUUUUUUUCCUAUUCAACUGCACUCACUUUACGUUAAUAACAAGCUUUUCAGCUUACUGACGUUACAACUUAACCUAAUUACAGCCUUAUAAAUAAACUAAAUGACAUAUAUUCCGACGACAUCCACGGCUAACUGCUCAAGUAGCUGGAUCAACACUACAACUAUGGUCCAAGUUCAAGAUAUGCCAGCGUUCUUCUCUCAAGAUUGCUUACUUUCUAGUGCAGAACUCGCUUCUCUCGACGGCUCUUCUGGCGAUGAACAAGCCUGCCUGCCCAAGAUGUCAUCUCCAAACGAGUUUUCAUCUUCUCCAUCUCCAGCCUCCUUUCCACCCUCACCUUUGGUCACCGCUGAAAAUCAAUGCAGCUUACCACUAGCCUACCUUGGUAUCAGUUCAACUUCAUUACCAACUGAAGUUUCAUCCAUGCCUAUAUCUUUCAAUGGUCCUUAUCCGGAUUCACUCUUUGAUGAACACCCGCUUAGUCAAAUCAACCUCAGUAGUCCAAGCUAUCAGCUCACAACUCAUCCUCAUUCACAGUUUACCCGAGCGCUAUCUACGCAAGCAUAUGAAGUGUCGCACCGAAGCAUUCAUGGCUCUGGUAUGGUCAGCUCUACAUCAAUCCCCCCAGGACAAUGGCCUGACACUGCUAUGCAACUGACUCGCAGUUUUGAGCUCACUCAUACACAUUCCCACCAAUAUCCGACCGAGCCCCGUUCACUAUCACAUUGGCAUCCAUACAGCCGGCAGCAAACUUGUAUACCCCAGCAACCAAUGGAAAUCAACCCCUACGGUGUCAAACAGCUAUUGUCGGCACCUUCAUCCCCUGAAUUGUCAGAUAUUACAGCUUUAGGAUCGCCUGGCUGGCUGGCUAUCUCUCACCAUCGUCGUACCGUCAGUGCUGGACAUCUUAAUACAGAUGAGUUUGACCGCCAAUUUUCUGAGGGAGAUCUGAUUGGUAAUUUAGUGCCGGAUUUUUCGACGUCAUUGUCCAUGCUUCCUCCAGAGUCGUCAGCUCAGAUCGUAGAACAACGGGAACGCUCUUUCUCUGACUCUUCUCAAAAUCAUCAUGCAGACACCCCCGCAUCCUGCACUAGCCCGCCAUUGAAUAAAACAGACACAAGCUCCACUUUGAACGCAACCGGACAAAGUGGGCUCAAUACCCCCGGUGUGUAUAAGUGCGAAUAUGAAGGCUGUACAAAGAGCUUCUCUCGUCCAUAUAAUUUAAACUCGCACAUCCGCACCCACACGAACCUACGACCUUACCAUUGUGAUCAUUGUGAUCGACAAUUCGCACGGCUUCACGACAAAAAUCGACAUGAACGACUGCACCGUGGCGUACGUCCGUUUGCCUGUGAGAGAUGCCAGCAUCAUUUUGCGAGAAUGGAUGCAUUGAACAGGCACUUGAAAGUUGAAGGAGGUCGUAACUUGUGCAACCUGUAUCUCAUUGAAAAGAACUCACCCAAUGCAAUGCCAAUUGUGGACUUGCCUCCCAAAAAAAUCAAUCCACUCAUUUUAGCCCAUUUUCCUAAUUUCGGUAAAGAGGAUGAUUCAACGACAGAGAAAUAGACAAGACUCCUUACUCGACUAAUUGUUCUACAUUAUAACAACCAUCCAUAUACCAAAUAAUACACUUUUUGUCUUUAGACGAAUAAAGAACAUUUAU